AUGCCCUUCCAUGACGACGACGCAGGCCGGCCUCGCCUCACCAAGGCGAAUGUUCGGACCUUUGCCAACGCGACCAAAUGCGAGACGGCGCACCGCCGCGGAGAGCCGACGCCUUCGCCCGAACCGUUACAUCUCGGCGACUCGAACGACACCGAGCGCUUCUUCGAAGAACACCCCCUCCUUCGACGCGAUCGAGCCGCCAACCACGAGUAUGAAGAGGAAACAUACGAGAGCUGGAAACCGGCGAUACUGCCAAUAUCAGACCAGCAGAGAGUCAACGCGGCUAUCCUAGGAGACAAGCUUGAGGCUACAAUGACGGCCGCCAAUCCCCCCAACGGUUGCAAUUCCAACAUCGGCCAAACAGAGCCAGUAGACACCACGGCUACCGGUCGUGAUGGCAACCUGACUCUGUUUGAAAACUGGAAGCCAGUCUCAGACCCCUUUGGACUGGGCCUUGGAUCGAUUUUUGGACGCGAUGGCGGUGGCCCUCUCAAGCCGAGGAGCCAGAGCCCAACAAUUGGGCAUCUAAAGCCGGAUGACUUCCAGCAGACAGCAGCGAACCCUUCAUUCUUGCACAGGGACGCACCCGAACCCGAAGGCCCUCGAGCACGAAGCCUAACCAGGCAGCAUCCGGAAGCUGGACGGUCCAACGAUUUAGGAACUGCGUCUUUUGGCGAUCUUGGCCGGUAUACGGUGGAACAGGCCAACCCCCCUGACUUUGGACAGGCUCCAGAGGACCAAGAAGACGUCCCCGCGUCGACUUUUCCACAGGGAUUUCCCCGAUACAGAUCAGUCUCAGACUUCCGUGAGAUCGCAAUUUUCCUCGCCAAUGCACAGUAUGUCGUAUCCCUUGGCGGGCUGGCGUUGAAAGACAUGAAAUACGGCAUCGUUGUCGUACCCUCGGGCGAAGAGAAGCUCCUGCUCACCAAACAGCCCGAGGAUGUUAUGACGUCUGAAUUCCUCGAAGACAUCAAGUGGGCCGACUACAAAGCCCGCAGAUCGCAGGAAGGCACCAUGGAGCCAGUAGCAGACGGCACCGGACCUCCAGCCAUUGCCAAUGACAGCAUGGAAAGGGGGGAUGCAGCCCAAGAGCCCCCAGUGGCUGAUACCAGCGUGGCCAAGAGGAAGAGGACAAGAAGGGGGGAAGCCAUCCAGGCUAUAGCGGCAACGCCCAUUGACGAGGCUGAGGAUCCCAAAGAUGACACGCCGACAAAAGCUACAAGACGCGGUCGGGCAGUAGCUGGUCGGGCAACAAAGGACACUGCUAAGUCAGUCAAAAUUUCCACGAGAGGCGCUAAGUCUGGGAGGGGCGGUGGCCUAAAGAGCACCACGCCCGACCGUGGACGGGGACGCAACAACAGCCGCAGGGGCGCAUCAUCCUAA